AUGAAUGAACAUGGGCUUGCACCUACUCUUACUGAAAUACCUCCUAUAAUUCCCGUUAUCAAUGGGGAUCCCAUGAACGAGAUAGAGAGUUAUCAUCUAGAUAGCACUGUUGCAACACAGUAUACUACUAAUUAUUCACCAAUGAUGACUCAUCCUAAUAGAUAUACCAGAUGGCCUUCUUGUCCUCAGUACUGGAUACAACAAAUAAUAUUGGUGCAAGUUAACCCUGGGGAGACCCUCACCAUCAAGUCUGAUGAUGGGAACAUUCAGAAUAUUCAAGGACCUGCCGAUGUACCGCUGAUGUCACCAAGUGGCACUUUGCCACCAAUAUAUCUUCCUAAUGGCUACAUGUCUCAGGUAGUGGAAGAGAAUGGGAUUCGCAAAAUUAUUAUUGUGCCUCAGACAAUUGACUAUCACACAUCCAUGCCUGCUCCUAUGCAACAAUUAUCUCACUUCAUAACAUCAUCCUCUCCUAUAUAUCCACAAGCCCCUCUGUUGAUGUAUCCCCCAGCUCAAGGGGAAUUUCCACCACCUUACAUUCAAGAAACUAUGCCAAAGCAGCUGCCACCACCACCACCACCACUGUUGACAGCAUCACCAGCAACAUUUAUAUACCAAGAUCAUCAUGAAACCUAUUCACACGGAAGAGCAAAUUAUAACCAGUUAGAUGAAAGAGCUGCCAAAAUGGGAGAACAUACAAAGAAAAAAGUGAGAGAACGCCAAGUUGGUGGACAUAAGAAGAGCUAUAUGGUUAACAACACCUCUUUGCUUGUGAACAAAACCAAUAAUUUUUCCAGUAUUUCUGCUACUCCAAGCACUUCCACUAUGAACUAUGCUCCCACUACCUACAGUGUUGACAAUACUUCAGGCAUUUAUGCUAUAGACAACGAUCCAAGCACCUACACUGUUGACAAUACUUCGAGUACCUACACUGUGGACAAUGUAAACACUUAUGCUGACAAUAUUCCCAAUACUUACGCUGUUCACAAACAUCCAAGCACUAAUAUUUUUGAGAAAACUCCCAGUAAUUCUUCCACUGACCAUGCCCUUAGCACUUCACUCAUAGAUUCUACCUUGGGCCCUGCCACCACUGAUAGAGUUCUGGGCCCUUCUAGUACUAAUUAUGCUCUAAAGACUGCCAUCUGUGAUAAAACUCCUAGGCAAUCAAUAACUGACUGUACUCCCAGACCAUCAGCUAUUGACAGUACUCUAAGCUCUUCUGUUUCUGACAGUGCUCCUAAUACUUCCAUCUCUGAAAAUGCUCCCAGUACUCCUGCCAUUUAUAAUGCUUUCAGUACUUCCAAUAAUGCUCUCAGCAUCUCCAACAUUGUCAGUGCUCAGGUUGAAACUAGUCAUGGAAAGAAACACACAGCUGCAAGAGGUGAAAACAUCAAGCAGAAAUCAGGUAAAAAACAAAACAAGAGCCCAUCACCAAAUGUGGCAGAAAAAGAAUGCAAAAUAGAAAUUGGAAAGUCAUGCUGUUUCAACAUUGAGAAACCUUCAGUUUCUGAUAUUCAAACAAGAUCUGCUGUUAUUUCAUGGAAUUGGUAUAAUUCUGAGAAAUGUGACCAUACUAAAUCUCCUGUAACAUUUGAAUUGGCAAUAUCUAACAGUGGUAAAAAUGGAAAAUAUAAAAAUGUUUAUAUUGGUGAUGAAGUUACAUUUACCCUACUUAAUCUACAACCAUCCAUGGCCUAUUUUUUAAGAGUCACAACCAUAAGAAGCUCAAAACACAGAACUAUGUCUGAAGUGGUUAGCUUUACAACCCCAGGUUGCGAACCAGACCCUCCACUUCCACCCAAGCUGAUUAACCGAUCAAAGAGCAGCCUGAAUUUACAGUGGAAAGGUGCCAAUGAUAAUGGUUCCAAAAUAAAGAGCUUCCUUUUGGAAUGGGAUGAGGGAAAAGGUGAAGAUUUUAAAAGCUGCUAUAUAGGUACCAUGAAACAACACAAGAUCCUUAAACUGAAUGCCUCUACAAAAUAUUCAUUCAGAUUAGCUGCCAAAAAUAACUUUGGCUUGAGUGAUUUUAGUGAAAUUGCAGUCUUCCAUACCUCAGGAACUAUGCCUCCAACACCUUUACCUCCAAAGCUAAAAGAAGCAGGAAUCUGUAAUUUGCUGCUAGAAUGGUGUGCCCCAGCUAACAGAGACCCAAAUGGCACUCUAACUUAUGUAUUAGAAAUGGAUGAAGCAGGAUCUGGGUUAGGUUUUAAACCUAAAUACAAUGGAGAAGAUCUCUCUUGCACUGUAAGAAAUCUUCAAAGAAGCACUACAUAUAAGUUUAGGAUCUUUGCCUAUAAUAUGGAAGGAAGAAGCAAUCCCAGUGGAGAAGUAAAAUAUACUACCUGUCCAGAUAAGCCUGGAUCCCCUGGAAAACCAUUUGUAAAGGGAAAAAUUCAUGCACACAAAGUAAAAAUUGGAUGGGAACCACCCAAAGAUAAUGGUGGAACAUACAUUUCAAGUUACAGUUUAGAAGUUAGUGAAAAUUCAGAUGUGAAUCUCUGGAACACAAUCUACAAUGGAAAUACAAGGCAAUUUAUGUAUGAUCACUUGCAACCUGGCACUGCAUAUAAACUGAGAGUAUUUUGCACUUCACCAAUAGGUCAAAGCAAGCCUUCAGAUAUAUUGAUUAUUCAAACACCUACUCUUUCUCCUCCAUCUUGCCAUCCUCCACUCUUGAAUGGUAAAACAACGUCCAGAGAAAUAAACCUGCAAGGUGAGAAUUCUCUUGCUAAUGGGAACUCUGAAGCACUAUAUGUAAAAAAGGCAAAAGGUAACCAAGACAACACACAAGAGCAUCUUGGCUCAGAAUUUGGAUCUCAUUCAAUGACAUGUGAAAGUGAACCAGUCCCAGGCCCUCCUUCACAAUGUGGUACACCUGUGCUAACCUGCAAGGGUCCAACCUGCAUUGUUGUUAGUUGGAGUAUUCCUGUAUGUAAUGGUGCCGAGAUCACUGAUUACAGACUAGAAUGGGGACAAAUUGAAGAAUCAAUGCACUUGAUUUACACUGGCCCUUGCCUGAGCUAUGAAGUUAAAGGUCUGAUUCCUGCAACUACAUACUUUUGCAGAGUCCAGGCUGUAAACAUAGCUGGGGUUGGAAUGUUUGGAGGAACUGGCAUAGUAACCACACCAGCAACAAUACCAGCAAUAGUACCAAUAUUACAUGAAGUUGAAAACAAAGUGCCUGCCAAAUUGGCAUCAUCUUGCAUUGCUAUUCAAUGGGAGGAACCAGACUGCCAUGGCUCUCCAAUCACUGGAUAUAACAUUGAAUAUGGAAAUAGAAAAAUUUUGACUGUUGAGAGAGUAACAGAGUAUCUUUUGAAAAAUCUACAGCCUGACACCAUAUACAAAAUCAGAAUUCAAGCUAUCAACCAUUAUGGACUAAGCCCUUUUAGCCAAUCAAUAAGAAUCAAAACUAAGCCACUGCCACCUGAGCCUCCACAUCUUGACUGUGUAGUCUCUAAACACCAGAGCCUCAAACUUAAAUGGGGUAACCCUGUGAGCAAGGGGUUGCUUUCCAACCUUAUAAGCUACAACUUGUUAAUGGGAGAUUGUUCUGGCAGAUUUUCUAUCAUUUACCAUGGACCUUGUCAGACUCACAAAGUGCAAAGAUUGGGUGAAUAUACUCAAUACAAAUUUAAAAUCCAGGCAUGCAAUGAAGCUGGUGAAGGACCACUGUCUGGUAUCUAUACUUUCACUACAACCAAAACUCCACCAGCCACACUUAAAGCACCUAAAUUACAUCAGCUGAAUAGCAAUAUUUGUGAGAUCAAAUGGGAGUCUUUGGAGCCAAUAAAAGGAGAUCCCAUUGUUUAUAAUCUUCAACUUAUCAGUAAAAAAGGAACUGACCUGAUUUACAAAGGACCAAACACUUCAUUCUCCUUUUCCAACUUUCUGACAAAUUCACAUUAUCGCUUCAAGGUCUGCGCUGGACGUCAAUAUCAAAAUUCUGCUGGGAUAAAUGAGCUCUGGGGAUCAUAUAGCCCCAGUGCUCUUUUCUCAACUCAUAAGCACCAGCCAGCACCUAGCAAAGACAGUGGAGAAAAGGGGGAAAGCAACCCUAGUGAAGACAAAGAUGAAAAGCCUGGAAUAGAGAUGAGUGAGGAUACAUUUAUUCUAAUCCUUGUGAUAGGAUUUGCAGUUAUUGCUAUUCUGUGUGGUGUUACAAUUCAAUACUUCCCAAUUAACUAG